AAGUUAAUGAUGAGGUCCGUAAAAAAUUCUUGUCCACUCUCAAAAAUUAUCGAACCAGGUAUUUUGUAUUUAGUUUCCCCAUUAAUAUAUUUUUCCUCUUUUUUUCACAAAUUUUAUUGGAAUUUUUUUUAUUUUCCAUCAAUGCACUCAGGGAGUUCGUUCUUGAUGGACACGUUGUUCCCAAGUCCUUUUUUAAGGAUAUGCACACUCCGCAGCAACCUGUCCACCAAGAGCACAUCGAUGCCAUGCUAAGUCUUUUGGCGCGGAGGUUUGGUGAUGCUUUGGUCCAGGGUAGGGCUGCUAUACUUGAUUCAUGGUUUGCCCUUAACCUUUGCGAGCUCUAUCCUCGUUUCAAGAAGUCUAAAUCCAAAUCUGAGUGGGCGUGGAACAGUAAGGUAAGGGACUACGUCAGAGGAAUAGUCCCCGGGCGAUUCAUGAGACAGGCUUGGUUCUCCGAUGUGGACACUCUAUACGCGCCUUUUCAUAUGUCUGGCGGACACUGGGUUGCGCUUGUCAUAGAUUUGAAAGAAGGGACCAUCGCUGUACUUGACCCUAACGAGGGCGCCGAAACCGCCAAACAGAUGGACCUGUUGAUGAAACCUCUGCUUGUCUUGUUUCCUUUUAUCAUCAAAGCACUUGUCCCCAAAGCUCAUCUCGGAAAUCAUCAAGUCCCCCGUGAGUUCGUCUAUGAUUGUCUUCCUGAAAUCCUCCAAUGCGAAUAUGAAGACGACAGUGGUCCUCUUGUUGCGAAGUUCAUUGAACUUCAUUUCCAAGGCAUUAACCACGACACCAUACCCGAAGAUGAUUUCGUGGAGAAUGUCAGAAUGAGAUUUGCGGUCGACAUCUUUGAGGAGUUUGUUGAGCCUCUUCGUGUUUGAUGCCCCUUUCAAUUUUUCCGUCUAAGAACUUAUGUCUUUUGUAUUA